AUGUCUGUCCACGCGGAGCCUCCGCCUUCUAUAGUCUCGGAACCGCACGGGAUCAACUAUGCCACCGCCAACCAACUGGGCAAAGGCGGCUUCGCCAUUUGCUUCAAGGCCGAACGACUCGAACGCGACCAGCCCACCGGACAUCUGGUCGCUCUGAAGAUUGUCAAGUCCAGGAUGGAGCCCGCGAAGCUGGCGCAAAAGUUCAUCACCGAGCUGCAAAUUCAUUCCAAGUUGUCCCACCCUAACAUCGUAGCCUUCCACCGCGCAUUCUCUUUUGGCGAGAGCACCUACGUCGUCCUGGAACUAUGCUCUAGCGGUUCGCUUGCCGACAUGCUAAAGCGUCGCAAAAACAUCACUAUGCCCGAAAUCCGUCGCUUCAUCAUCCAAGUCUCUGGCGCCGUCAAAUAUCUGCAUGCGCGCAACAUUGUCCACCGCGACCUCAAGACCGGAAAUCUGUUUCUCGAUGAGAGGAUGAACAUCAAGGUCGGCGACUUUGGCCUUGCCGCCUUGCUCGUCAGCGGAAAAGACAUGGAUGCCAAGCGCCGGACCACCAUGUGUGGGACUCCCAAUUAUCUGGCCCCUGAGAUCCUAGAAAAGGGAAAAGGUCACAGCGAAAAGGUUGAUCUGUGGGCUAUCGGCAUCAUCGCAUACACUCUCGCUGUUGGAAGAGCUCCCUUCCACGCAUCAUCCAAGGAAGAAAUUUACAAGAAACUGAAAGCAGGCGACUACUCAUGGCCUGAGUUGUCUUCAAUCACAAACGAAAUCUCUGCAGACCUACGGGACCUGGUUUCUUCUCUACUGGUCUCUGAAGAGCUUCGCCCGUGUCCGGACCAGAUUGUUUCGCAUCCCUUCUUCAAGAUUGCCUUUGUUCCGAGACAAAUGAGUCGCGCUCAAGUCAGCAAAGUUCCCUCAUGGCCCAACGUACAGCCACCGAGUCCAGAAGUGCUACAAAGAGGUUACAGCGAAUCCUGGUGGCAUGUCUGCAAAGAAUCUGGAGUUGGCGAGUAUGCGCCAGGAAAGUGUUUCCAGCUGAACGCGGGCAAGAAAAUACGCAGCAUCGUCAGAGACAUUGAGAGAGAGGUCGCUGCAGGCCGUCAGCCCGUGAUUCCGAUCCCGUCAGACACGGUUUAUACGUCACCAAAUUGCAACAGUAUCGACGCCUUCCAGCCCAGGAACGCAUUAUCAGAAAUCGCAGAGGAACGCGAGCCUGACACAAGGCAACUCAAGGAGAUAUCGCACAACGAGGUUCAGGCAAAGGAAAGCAGCUCGGACGAAACCAAGAAGAAGAAAGACGCUGAGUUAAUGCCACCUCCACCACCGCGUGUCAGGCGAGCAGGCCCGAUUCGAAAGACGCGCGCCAUCCCAGAUGACAAGGAAGAAUCUGCACCCGAGUCGACUCGCCAGUCCUCUCGUCUGAACACUCUCAGCCAAACUAACCCUUUGAGUCAGACAGCAUUUAGCGGCACAAACUUCCUUCCCUCAUCUUCGCAGCCUCAGAGCGGCGAAAUCAUACCAGUCUCAAAGCGCAGUGUGGAUGCGAGUUUAGCACGACGCCCAAGAGCACCACGGAAGAACUUGUCCGACCGUGAAAUCCCAGCUUUGGCGGACGCAAUACGUGACGACUUGGAAAUUGCUCCGAAAACAUUGGCAACCAGAAGCUCACGAUCAAGGUCGAAACAACCCAGCCAAGAAGUCGUCGAGAUUUUUGAUGAGCAGGAGAAUAUAGCCAGACCGGUCCUUCCGCCUCCUCCAGCCAUGGCUGCAAAACUCCCUGUACCAAGGAGAAAAAUGCUAGAGUCUACUUCAGCCUUCCCUGGAUCUGACCCAACCGCAGUUCUGCAGCGUUUGAGCACAUUCCGUGACAAUCUGGCCGCUGCCUUGAAGAGGAAGCAUCUAGCACCUUCCAGACGUGUUCCACAACAACCAUCAAAACCACUUCCUUUCGUAAGCCGAUGGGUGGAUUACAGCAAGAAGCAUGGAGUUGGAUAUGUCUUGGACGAUGGCACAGUAGGAUGUGUCAUCAAUGGUUCCGCGGCAAGCGGCACCCCUGUAACCCAUGUGGCAGUCAAGAAUGGAGAACGCUGGCUCGCUCGCAUAGGAAAGCGUUUUGAGCAUUUGGAACGCGUUCCAUUCAGGAUAUUUGAAGACCAUGGUUCCAACGGUUUGGAAAGGCUUGAUCUUGCAACAAGAGACGAGAAGACGAGGGAACGACUUCGAAUGCUCCGAGUGUUGUGGGUGAAGUUUGGCCGAUACAUGAGCCAGACACUCAAUGCAACCGAGACGGCAGACUGUGCAGACGACGAAUCAGAUGCGGAGUCGGACUUGCUCUUUGUUCGAUUCUAUCAGAGAUCAGGCAACGUCGGCAUCUGGGGUUUCUCGGACGGCUGUGUACAGCUUCACUUCCCUGAUCACACGAAAUUCGUUCUGUCUGCCGAUGGUUUGCACACAUCUGCAACGCUUGUGCCCGUAGAAGGAGUACGUGCAAUAGAAGAGAAGCACGACUUACCAACAAAAUUGCUCAGAGACCGCCAAACUUUGGUACAUUCUAUUCAUGCACUGCUGUAUGGCUCUCAGCCGGGGCGUGGGCAGAAGCUUUUUGCGGACAUGGUGCAAGCCAACAUGGUUGAAGAGAAGAUGCUGCUCUUACUUCAAGUACUUGACCAGUGGAUAGAAGGCGGCGGUCUCGGCUGUACUGGUGUCGGAGAAGAACGUCUGCAGUGGCAAGGUUCCUGGGUCAAUGAGCACGCACGCAAGAUUGACUGGGUAACGGUGGGGAGGCUUGGAGGUGACGAGGCCGUAACCAAACGUGCCGGAAGAAAGAAGGAUGCCGCCGCCGCACAACCAGGAGCCUCGGGCGGAAAGCCUCAAGUCAGAAAGGCGGCCUUCGAAUCGACAAAGAAGAAGGAGGUCGGAGUCUCGGAUCUCACCCUCAUCAGCAAGAUCUCCAAUGAAGCCAUCAACGAGAACUUGAAGAAGCGAUUCGAAAAUGGCGAGAUUUACACGUACAUCGGCCACGUGCUGGUGUCGGUGAAUCCAUUCAGAGACCUGGGUAUCUAUACCGAUAAGGUGCUCGAUAGCUACAAGGGAAAGAACAGAUUAGAAGUCGCUCCUCACGUCUUCGCCAUCGCCGAGUCCUCCUACUACAACAUGAACGCGUACAAAGAGAACCAAUGUAUCAUCAUCUCAGGAGAGUCCGGAGCCGGAAAGACUGAAGCGGCUAAGCGUAUCAUGCAAUACAUCGCCAACGUGUCUGGCGGCAGCAACUCAUCUAUCCAAGAGACCAAAGACAUGGUUUUGGCCACAAAUCCACUGCUCGAGUCGUUCGGAAACGCAAAAACGCUGCGCAAUAACAACUCUUCACGAUUUGGAAAAUACCUCGAGAUUCAAUUCAACGCUCAAGGCGAGCCUGUCGGAGCCAAUAUCACCAACUAUCUACUGGAAAAGUCAAGAGUCGUUGGGCAAAUUAUGAACGAGAGAAACUUUCACAUCUUCUACCAGUUCACCAAGGCGUGUUCGGAGAACUACAGACAAACCUUUGGCAUUCAGCAACCUCAGUCUUACGUCUACACCAGCGCGUCCAAGUGCUACGAUGUUCAAGGGAUUGAUGACCAUGCCGAAUUCCAGGACACGUUAAACUCCAUGAAGGUUAUUGGUCUGUCCCAGGCUGAGCAAGACGACAUCUUCCGCAUGCUUGCUGCAAUUCUUUGGCUCGGAAACUGUACCUUCGGAGAGGACGACCAAGGAAAUGCUGCGAUCGCUGACCAGUCUGUGGUUGACUUUGUUGCUUAUCUUCUGGAGGUUGAUUCGGCUCACGUCAACAAGGCCUUGACAAUCAGAGUCAUGGAGACCAGUCGUGGUGGUAGAAGAGGAUCAGUCUACGAUGUGCCUCUCAACCCGGCGCAAGCCACCUCUGUUCGAGACGCGUUGGCCAAGGCCAUUUAUUACAAUUUGUUCGACUGGAUCGUCCAAAGAGUCAACCAGUCGCUGCGCGCAAAGGGUGCCAUCUCUCACUCAGUUGGUAUUCUUGACAUCUACGGAUUCGAGAUCUUCGAGCGCAACAGUUUUGAACAACUGUGUAUCAACUACGUCAACGAGAAGUUGCAACAGAUUUUCAUCCAACUGACUCUCAAGGCCGAGCAAGAAGAGUAUGAGCGCGAGCAAAUUACCUGGACUCCUAUCAAAUACUUCGACAACAAGGUUGUGUGUGAACUGAUCGAAGAGAAGAGACCUCCUGGUGUAUUCGCAGCCUUGAACGAUGCUUGUGCGACUGCCCAUGCUGAUCCCGCAGCUGCGGACGGCACAUUUGUGCAGCGAUUGAACGCUUUAUCCUCAAACCCCAACUUCCAGCCGAGACAAGGUCAGUUCGUCAUCAAGCAUUAUGCUGGUGAUGUCGCAUACGCUGUCGAGGGAAUGACGGACAAGAACAAGGAUCAGCUGUUGAAGGACAUCCUCAACCUCUGUGGGCAGAGCUCGAACAAUUUCGUUCACACUCUCUUCCCUAACCAAGUUGACCAAGAUAACAAGCGCAGACCGCCCACCGCUGGCGACAGAAUCAAGGCUUCUGCCAAUGACCUGGUUUCGACCUUAAUGAAAGCAUCGCCGUCCUAUAUUCGUACAAUCAAGCCCAACGAAAACAAGUCGCCUACCGAGUACAACACUGGAAACGUCAUGCAUCAGAUCAAAUAUCUCGGUCUCCAAGAAAACGUUCGAAUUCGACGUGCUGGUUUUGCCUACAGACAGACAUUCGACAAGUUCGUGGAACGCUUCUACCUUCUCUCGCCAAAGACAAGUUACGCAGGAGAUUACACUUGGACAGGAGAUGCCAAAUCUGGUGUUAAGCAGAUUCUCAAAGAUAGCAGUAUCCCUGUCGAAGAGUAUCAGAUGGGUGUUACAAAGGCCUUCAUCAAAACUCCGGAAACUCUGUUCGCGCUCGAGACCAUGCGUGAUAGAUACUGGCACAACAUGGCCAUCAGAAUCCAGCGAGCCUGGCGCAAUUAUCUGCGCUACAGGAUAGAAUGUGCAACACGUAUUCAGCGAUUCUGGAGGCGUAAGACCGGUGGAAUGGAAUUCAUCCAACUGCGCGAUCAAGGCCACCAAGUACUUGCUGGUCGCAAGGAGCGUAGACGUUACUCUCUUAUCGGCUACAGAAGAUUCAUGGGAGACUACCUCGGCAUUGGGAACAACGGUGGAUCUGGUGAGAUGAUAAGAAGUUCGAUCCAUCUCCCCAGUUCCGAUCAGGUACUCUUCUCUUGUCGCUGCGAGCUGCUUGUAUCCAAGCUUGGUCGCUCUAGCAAGCCAGAGCCACGAUUCCUCAUCUUGACCAACAAAAACGUAUACCUUGUCAAGCAAGCCAUCGUCAACAAGCAACUACAAAUCAUGGCCGAGCGUACCAUCGCCAUUGGUGCCAUCAAGUUUGUCAGUGCCUCUACGCUGAAGGACGAUUGGUUCUCGAUUGGUGCUGGAUCUGCUCAAGAGCCUGACCCUCUGGUAAACUGCAUCUUCAAAACCGAAUUCUUCACUAUGUUGAAGCAGGCAUCGCGCGGCACUGUGGAUGUCCGUAUCGCUGAGACAAUCAGUUACAACAAGAAGCCGGGUAAACUUGCAACAGUCAAGGUUAUCAAGGACCAGACCGUUGCUCGUGAUGACCUCUACAAGAGUGGUACUGUUCAUACAGGACCAGGUGAACCUCCCAACUCUGUGUCGAAGCCGACUCCUAAGGCCAAGUCUAUUCCUGGUAAACCUAUCACUAGCGGUAAGCUUCUGAGGCCUGGAGGUCCUGGUGGUCAACCUUCGAAACUUGCAGCUCGUCCGGUACCUCAAUCUCGACCAGUGCCACAAGCUCGACCUCUACCAAGUGGGAACCAGAACCAAGGAUUGCCAGCAGGAUUACCAACGUCGACAGUAUCGACGCCGGCGGCUGCUGCCGCGGCUGUACAAGCAGCAUUGCAACCGAUGCAACAAAAGCCAGUUCCCGCGCCAGUCGCAGCACUCAACGGGUCUGGACAUGCACGUACUCCGUCCGCAGGCUCUGCACGCGCUCCUCCUCCACCCCCGCCACCCGCUGUCGCCGCGCCGCCUAAAGACCCACAGUUCAAAGCCAUGUACGAUUUUGCUGGACAAACGAGCGGUGAACUGAGUCUCACUAAGGACGAGAUCAUUCUGGUAACACAAAAGGAAAACAAUGGUUGGUGGCUCGCGAAACGAAUGGAUGGUUCUGCAUCAGGGUGGGCACCGUCAGCAUAUCUGGAAGAAGUGGUAGCUAAGCCAGCACCUCCACCUCCGCCGCCGGUCCAGGCGCGGUCAAUGCCACCAGCACCACCAAAAGCCAACGGCGCCGUAACCGGAAAGAAGAUGCCGCCCCCUCCACCAGCGAAGCGACCAGCGGGUCGCAAACCAGCCCCUCCUGCGCCAGGAGGUAGUGGCAGCGGUACAGACAGCGGCACAUCUACACCACCAGCAGGCGGCUUGGCGGGAGGAUUGGCAGAAGCAUUGAGAGCGAGAUCAAAGGCAAUGAGACAAAACGACGAGGAGGAUUGGUAG